CAGUGACCAUGAAUCAGUAUACUAUUGCUUUUUUUUGUAGCCAAUGUACUACUGACUUUAUGUGCUACGUAGUAUGCUGUGUUACUUGCAAAAUGUACCUGCAUCUUUAGAUAGGUGAAAACAAAACUGAGAUACACAUUUGUACACCAUAUACAUACAUAGUGUGUAAUCACAGAUAACUAUAAAAAAGCUAUAUGUGAGAAAUGUAGUCAUAAUAUUAUUUUGCAGUAGAUAACAGUGACAACACACACUGUUGAGAGAUCUGGAAUCAUGCAAAAUUUAUUACUACAGGCGUUACUUUGCCUUCUACUUCUAUUAUCGAACAACAAUGCAUUUGAUGAAUAUUUAUUCGUCGGCGACCAUGAAGAAGUUAAUGCUAACACGUUUAUUACUCAAUAUGAUCCGGAUUCAACACUAAACGUAUACGCAGAUUCAUACCGCCAAGUUGUGAAUGAUAAAUUUUUCAUGAUUGAGCCUCAGACAUACCGGGAUCCCAAGAAUGCGGAAGAAACAAUAAAAACUGAAAUCCUGAGACUUGAACGCUUAUAUCAAAGAAAAUGGGAGAAGGAAUUUCUCGAAACAAUCAGUGCAGAAGACAAGUCGCUCGUGAAUCUUGCUAACUAUGAAUACAGGAAGGCAUUGGAAGAUGAUAAUGCUUUUCAGCACAACGUUUUUGCUAAUCAUGGACGAUACCAUCAGCUGAAAAUGCAUAUUUCAAAGAAAUGGGAAAAUCGAAAAAAUCUAGAUAUUGCAGAAGCCAAAUUUUUUGCGGAUACAUCAAGCAUUUUGAAGAAAGACGAAGCUAAGAGUGGAAUAACAAAGAAGAUUUUCGAAGAAGAGAAGGAAGCAGUGAAUACAACCAAAGCUGACCUUCAAAAGCUGCAAAAGGCAGCGGUCAUCGCAUCUAAUGCAUACAGAAAGACUUCAACAUAUUUGCAGAGUAUAAGGAAAGGAAAUUACAAAAAUGAAACACCGAAUGAUGCUGAAAUUACGCAGGCGUAUUGGAAGGCUCGUUAUGAUUUUGACAACGGCACAAGGAUACUACUGAACAAAAUAAAACAAUUAGAAAUGAGCCGGAUUGAAUUUUUAAUGUUUCAAACCCCAGAAUACAGAAUAAACUGGCUCCUGGAUGAAAUGAAGGAAGAUGCCAAGCAGUAUUAUUGAACUGCAGGAAAGUGAAUUCGAUUCCAAGGGAAUUCAAGCAAUAUUGGUGAAGGGAAUAAAUUGUUUACUUAUCUCUUUUUGUUUUUUGAUGACUUCGUCAAGAAGAAAAUUUUCUUCUAUGCAACAGUCUUUUAAAUAAUUCUUUUUGUUUAAUUAAAUAUAACAUUUUUCUUCGUAAGAUUUUGUUUCAA